AUGAAUGAUGAACACGAGCAUAGGAGCUUGGUGGAAGGAGUCAAAGGAGAUGCCAAGACCAAAAUUGUACCAGUCAAUGUAUCGUCAGUUGGACGCAUAAUUACUUCCGGGCGACAGAGCUCAGUUCUGGACGAUUGGGAGAUCAAAUGGAAUGAUGGCUCCACUGACCUUCACAGGCUUCAAAAUGCCGCUUCACAGGUUAGGCAGUCUGAUAUACCAGUCGCAUUCCCCACUGAGACUGUCUAUGGCCUUGGUGCCGAUGCGACGAGGAGCGAAGCGGUACGUGGCAUAUUUGCUGCGAAGAAUCGACCAGUCGACAAUCCACUCAUAGUACAUUUUCACUCACUCAGUCAGCUGAGGAGGUUCCUCCCUUCAAGUACGGAUGGCACUUCGGAUCCUAUCCCUGCGAUAUAUAAACCGCUGAUCGAAAACUUCUGGCCUGGUCCUCUGACGAUUAUACUACCCACUCGCGAUGAUGGUGCUCUGGCGUCUGAAGUUACAGCUGGAUUAAAGACCUUUGGCGCUCGUAUUCCUCGAUCUUUCCUUGCCCUGGCACUUCUCAAGCUUGCAGAUGUACCCAUGGCGGCACCGUCUGCAAAUGCAUCUACAAAGCCUUCUCCGACGACUGCCGAACAUGUCUUGGAAGACCUCGAUGGACGUAUACACACCAUUCUCGAUGGUGGUCCAUGCUCUGUCGGAGUAGAGAGCACCGUGGUAGAUGGCUUGAGCAGCCCACCAGCGAUCCUGCGACCCGGUGGUGUGACUAUUGAGCAGCUCAGAACCUGUGCCGGAUGGGAAGAUAUAGUGGUUGGAUACAAAGACAGCGCUACAAUUGAUGGUACUGCACCUCGAGCACCAGGGAUGAAGUAUAGGCAUUAUUCACCCAAAGCACCAGUACUGCUUUACGAAGCUGGCACAACACAGCCUUCUCAAGAAGAGCUGCUCAAGGCUACACGAAAAGACACACUUACUUGCUGCCGAUACCCAUUACCCUUGGAAUCCACUAUCGAAAUCUUGGAGGUCGACCUAGGGAACACUCCUGAAUCAAUUGCGCGUGGACUCUUUUCUGCAUUGCGCUUGCUGGACAGAAAUGGCGUUGAUACAAUCUUCCUAGAGGGCAUAGAUGACACCUCGGGCGGUGAACUUGCAGCGGCAGUCAUGAAUCGUGUCAGGAAAGCAGCGGAAGUUGCUGUACGCUGA